AAACUGGAAAACAACAACUUUUAUCGUGGUGGAAGACCCGGAUCAGACAAUUUCCAAAACUUUCAAGGAUGGUUCGAGAUUUGUUAUCAGCUCAAGCUUCUUCAGUUGCUUCGGAGCAAGCUUUUAGCGCAGGAAGAUUUAUAAUAGGAGAUCAUUGGUAUUCGUUAGCAAGGGAUAGUUUGGAGAUUUCGGUAUUAUUUAGAGAUUGGAUCAAUACCGAACGAAGAAAUUUUGGGCUCCCCAAAUUACCGCCCCAUAUUGAAGACGAAAUAGAUGAAAUUUUUGAGGAAAAUAGUGAUGAUGGAAUGGAAGCAAUGGAGGAACAAGGAAAUAGACUAAUUCCGGAGGAUUUAUCCGCCGAAGAAUUAGAAAAGUUACGCCAAAAAAAUUAUAGACAAUUUAGAUAUUAAUAAGAUUCUACAAUAGAAAUCUAAUUCACACAGAACCCUUCCUAGAAGGUGGCUGCGUAGAUUAGAUUUACAUUUAAUAUCCUUGUAAUAAAUGUACAACGUACGAAAUUUGAAUAAAUAUAACGUCUAUUCUCCUAAUUUUGUUUUAAAUUCUCUUUUAUUUGUUGCA